AGCCGUGUCGCCGCGCGCCUCCCCUCGGGGCGGUCCCGCUCCGGGCUCGGCGCGACGAGGCAAGGGCCGGAGCCUGGUGGCGGCGCGGCGGCCCGAGGCCCGAGAUGGUGAUCUGCUGCGCGGCCGCGAACUGCUCCAACCGGCAGGGCAAAGGGGAGAAGCGUGCCGUUUCCUUCCACAGAUUCCCCCUAAAGGACUCAAAGCGUCUGAUUCAGUGGUUAAAAGCUGUUCAGAGGGAUAACUGGACCCCCACUAAGUAUUCUUUCCUCUGUAGUGAACAUUUCACCAAAGACAGUUUCUCCAAAAGGCUGGAGGAUCAGCACCGCCUGCUCAAGCCCACAGCCGUGCCCUCCAUCUUCCACCUGACUGAGAAGAAGAGGGGGUCUGGAGGCCAUGGCCGCAGCAGGAGAAAGGACACCAGAAAGGCCUCAGGGGGCCUGAGGGGACAUGCAAGUGAAGCUGAUGGGAAAGGAGCUUCAGGUUCCCCAUCGUCCUUGAGUGAGAACCUGAUGGCCAAGUCAGAGUCCCGAAAGUUGAAGCGGGCUGCCCUGCAGGGUGAAGCCUCCAGUCCAGAGCGGGCGCGACAGCCUACACAGGGACCUCCAGGCAACACUCUGGCCACAACAGCGCCAGGUAGCCGGGCAGAAGCAAAUGGGUCGGCGUGCAGUGCCGGCGAUGAGAGCAGCGCCACCCCCGAUGAGGGCCUGGUGGAUAAAAGUGGGAUUUCCAUGGAUGACUUUUCCCCCCCAGGAUCUGGGGCCUGCAAAUUCAUCGGCUCACUUCAUUCUUACAGUUUCUCCUCCAGGCACACUCGAGAGAGGCCGUCUGUGCCCCGGGAGCCUGUGGAUCGGAAGAGACCGAAGAGAGACAUGGAGUCUGGCUGCAGCGGGACCAGCCUGGGGCCUGACAAGGGCUUGGCCCAGAGCCCCCCAAGUUCAUCUCUGACGGCAACGCCACAGAAAUCCUCCCAGAGCCCCUCUGCCCCCCCGACAGAUGUCACCCCGAAGCCGGCUGCAGAGGCUGUGCAGAGCGAGCACAGCGAUGCUAGCCCCAUGUCCAUCAAUGAGGUCAUCCUGUCAGCAUCAGGGGCCUGCAAGCUCAUCGAUUCACUGCACUCUUACUGCUUCUCAGCUCGGCAGAACCGGAGCCGGGCGUGCUGCCUGCGGGAGCAGGUGGAGAAGAAGAACGGGGAGCUCAGGAGCCUACGACAGCGUGUCAGCCGCUCUGACAGCCAGGUGCGCAAGCUGCAGGAGAAGCUGGACGAGCUACAGAGGGGGAGUGCACCGCGCCCCAGAAGCCUGCCGGCCCCCGGCCGCGAGCCCCCCAAGAUGAACCCGGUGGUGAAGCCGCUGUCCUGGAUGCUGGGCACCUGGCUGUCGGACCCACCAGGCGCCGGCACCUUCCCGACGCUGCAGCCCUUCCAGUACCUGGAGGAGGUGCACAUCUCCCACGUGGGCCAGCCUGUGCUCAACUUCUCAUUCAACGCCUUCCACCCAGACACACGGAAGCCUAUGCACAGGGAGUGUGGCUUCAUCCGGCUGGAGCCCGACACCAACAAGGUGGCCUUCGUCAGUGCCCAGAACACAGGCAUCGUCGAGGUGGAGGAAGGCGAGGUGAACGGGCAGGAGCUACGCAUCGCAUCCCACUCCAUCGCCAGGAUCUCCUUCGCCAAGGAGCCCCACGUGCAACAGAUUACCCGAAAAUUCAGGCUGAAUUCUGAAGGCAAACUUGAACAGACGGUCUCCAUGGCAACCACUACCCAGCCCAUGACUCAGCAUCUUCACAUCACCUACAAGAAGGUGACCCCAUGACCCAGAGCAGAGCUUCCUCCCGGCCGUGUGUGUCGUGGUGCGACCCCAGCCCCUCACAGACGCCGUAGCAGCAGGUGUGGGUGUGGCCGCAGGUCCCGUGGGCUCCAGGGUGUUGCCCAUGUCCCUGUAACAGCAUAGAAAAACCAAAUAAAAGGCCUUUAUUUUUA